CUGGUUUGAAUGUGGCUUCGAUGAUAAAAACGAGCCGUCAUGAAUUUGUCCCUCCCUCUCUGCCUCUGUUCGUCGGCUAGGCUGCCGCUGCACUCAACUCCCCCGGAACAAAACACCAGAAAAGGACCAUGUCCGAGAAACUUAACUACAAAGUCGCUGACAUCAGCCUGGCCGAAUGGGGGCGUAAGGCCAUCAACAUCGCAGAGAAUGAGAUGCCCGGUCUGAUGAAGAUGAGGGAGCUGUACGGUCAGUCCAAGCCUCUGAAGGGUGCACGUAUCGCUGGCUGCCUCCACAUGACCCUUCAGACCGCUGUGCUCAUCGAGACCCUCACCGCCCUUGGAGCUGAGGUUCAGUGGUCGAGCUGUAACAUCUUCUCCACUCAGGAUCACGCUGCUGCUGCCAUCGCAAAGUCUGGCGUUCCAGUGUAUGCGUGGAAAGGUGAGACCGAUGAGGAGUAUGUGUGGUGCAUCGAACAGACUCUGUUUUUCAAAGACGGCCAGCCCCUCAAUAUGAUCCUGGAUGACGGAGGAGACCUCACCAACAUGGUCCACCAGAAGUAUCCCAAGCUGCUGGCGGGUAUCCGUGGAGUCUCUGAAGAGACUACUACAGGUGUCCACAACCUGUACAAGAUGAUGAAAAAGGGCGAGCUGAAAAUACCCGCCAUCAAUGUCAACGACUCUGUCACAAAGAGUAAGUUUGACAACCUGUACGGCUGCAGGGAGAGCCUGAUUGACGGUAUCAAGCGAGCCACUGAUGUGAUGAUUGCGGGUAAAGUUGCUGUGGUGGCGGGCUAUGGUGACGUGGGUAAAGGCUGCGUCCAGGCUCUGCGUGGGUUCGGAGCCCGUGUCAUCGUCACAGAGAUUGACCCCAUCAACGCCCUGCAGGCCGCUAUGGAGGGUUACGAGGUUACCACCAUGGAUGAGGCUAGCAAGGAAGGAAACAUCUUCGUCACCACCACUGGCUGUGAGGACAUCAUCCUCGGACAUCACUUUGAGAACAUGAAGGACGAUGCCAUCGUCUGUAACAUCGGACACUUUGACUGUGAGAUCGACAUGAGCUGGCUCAACAAAAAUGCUGCAGAGAAGGUCAACAUCAAGCCUCAGGUUGAUCGCUAUCGUUUGAAGAACGGUCGUCACAUUAUCGUCCUGGCAGAGGGCAGACUGGUCAAUCUGGGCUGUGCCAUGGGACACCCAUCCUUUGUCAUGAGCAACUCCUUCACCAAUCAGGUCCUGGCCCAGAUCGAGUUGUGGACGAACACUGACAAAUACCCCCUGGGAGUCUACUUCUUACCCAAGAAGUUGGAUGAGCAGGUGGCAGCCGCCCACCUGGAUAAACUGGGGGUGAAACUGACCAAGCUGACAGACAAGCAGGCCAAGUACCUCGGUCUGGCCACCGAAGGGCCCUUCAAACCGGACCACUAUCGCUAUUGAGCCCCUUCUCCAACUGGGGAAGAGGAGGAGGAGGAGGAGAAGGUGUGGCAAGAAGGGUGUUGGUGUUUUGGUGUAGCAAGGUUUGGUGCGUGGGCACUUGGAGAGUUUGGCCAGGUUGCACUCAGGGUGCAAUUUUUGUUUUAGACUUCCAAAUUUCCACCUUUCAGGGAUACAGACAAUUUUGUGUUUUUUCGCUUUUACCUUUCAUAUCAAAUGCUAAAGAAAUGUAUUUUGUAAGUUGCACCGUGUCUAGCCAAGUGAUUUGGCACAGCUGACAUUUGCAACAAACACCAUGUCCUGCUAUUAAGGUGAGAUCAAUUAAUAUCUGCCAACUGCUGCCGUUGAACCACUAAUGUUUGGUUGAAGCUGGACUUUAGAGCCAAAAAAGUUUCCCCAGAAAACUGCAUCGACCCAAAGCUUCCAUUAGUAGCUUUUAUAUGGGAGUUUGUGGACAUCAGGAGGAUGCAAAAGGUUGUAAAUGUUUUCUUCUUUAGACACAACUUAAAGCUACAUCAAAGUAUUUGAACUGAAAACACAUUAGUAUCUUAUUUUGCUUCAACAAACCUACACACACCAAUAUCUUCAGUCCUCUGCUUUCUCUCUUUCUCAUCAGUGCUCUGAAACACAAUCAAGUACUACUGUAGAAUUCCUUUGUCAUUCCCUCUCGAUUUAUGGAAUAAAAUAAACCAUUUUUCUAUCUGAGCUCUCCUCUCCAUCACAUCACAGCUCAAGUUGGGAGGUGACGGAACAGUUUUUUUUUGUUUCUAAAUGAAUCGAGGCAAACGGUUCAGUGUACAGUGGCCUUAUUCUGGUAUAUUCACAUUUAAUCCUACCCCCUUGUUGGCACUUAAUGAAAACUGUACUUGUGAGAAGACUGGAAAUGCUCAAAGUGCUAGGUUUUACUUUGUGUUCACUAAUUAACAGGUUGAUAAAGAGCAAAGAGAAGCACUGCUGCCAAAGAAAGAUCAUGUCUUGCCUGGUUUAUAAAAGUCUUAUUUCUUUUGCAUAAAUCUUUUUAUCGUGAUUUAUUUAAUUGACUUGAAGGGCCAAACACCCACGCUCCCCGGUUCAUUUAUUUCUCACUGUAGCCAGUCAGGGUAAAGUUCAAAGUGGUGGCCACAGUUCGCAGCGGUUAAAGCCGGAGUUCAACUGCUUGUAAAGGAUGAAUUGAUUUGAAAUUGUCAAGUUUGACGAUGAAAAAUUAAACACAACAUGUUGACUCUG